UUUACACCGUGAUUUACCAUCUAUUCGGCUUCUAGUUCAGAGAGAUAUAACGUCAUUCUUAUUUUCUUAAAUACUAUUUUGUGGCGAAUACGUUUAACUUUUCUUGAAAUUGGUUGAAAAGUUCCUCUAGAAAGUACUGCAUUUCCUAAUUGUGUAUUCGUUCGACUCACGAUGUCUGUUGCUGAAUUUCUCAAAGGCUUGCCCUCACAUAACGAGAACAACUUUGCAAACUUUCACACUGACAAUGGAAACCGAACUUGUGUCAAAAGACCAUCUGUCUACCUUCCAACAAAGGAUUAUCCUUCUGAACAAAUUAUUGUAACGGAAAAAACUACAAUACUUCUACGGUACCUCCACCAGCAAUGGGAUAAAAAGCAUGCUGAAAAGAAACGAGAAUUGCUAUCUGUAACUGGAGAUUCACAAGACGAAGUGAGUGGAGUUCGUAGUAAAAGGCCGCGACUCGACCUAAACAACACCCUAUGAAACAAUUUGUGUGCCUGUAAACAUUAUCAUUUAACAACGUAUAUGACAUUUACCCAUAAGUGAAAUCCGCGGGAGAAACCAAAUGAAAUCGAAGUUAGUUAUAAAUUAUGACCUAUGCCAAUCUUUGAUACUGUAUCAGAAUUAGUUCAUGUCCUUCUGUUCAAAGUCUCCAUUGCUCUGUCUACAAACUUUGUUUUUCAAAAGAUAAUGAACUGAAAUUAUUUAAACUCUUCACAAAUUUAUCCUGUGAAGUUUCAUUUAGAGAAUGUUAAUAAUUUUGCCAUAUUUAUAAGAUUAUGACUGGCAAUUUCAUUAAAAACUGGUCAGUAAUAUCAUUAGAAUGAUCAUGUUCAAAUGGUGCAACCUGUUAUUUGCGGGAGAUGCUUAUCAUUUAAUGCAUUUAUUUCGAGGUUUAUAUAAUUAUUUAAUAUUCUACUAAAUUCAGAAAGUUAAAACAAAGUAUGGUCCUAUCGUCCUACAUAAAAGAAAAGGUUGACGCUAUCGUAUAAAAAUAAAAGCAUGAAUAAAAUUUUAUAUAUUCUGUUAUGUUGCGUAAUAUCUGCGUACAAUUGUUUAUGUUAUUCGAUUAUAAAAUAUGCACAAGUCAGUAUGUCCGCUGUGAAAAUCAUAUUAAUAAUGAUUAAUUGAAAAGAG